CCCCCCCAGUCGGGAGUCGUCGCGAUGGGUACCACGCUGGACGUCAAGAUCAAGCGAGCUAACAAGGUGUAUCAUUGCGGGGAAGUUCUCACUGGCGUGGUGGUCAUAACAAGUAAAGAUUCAAUCCAGCAUCAGGGAAUCUCAUUAACAAUGGAAGGAUCUGUAAAUCUGCAGCUCAGUGCUAAAAGUGUUGGUGUGUUUGAAGCAUUCUGCAAUUCUGUUAAGCCUAUCCAACUGAUUAAUAGUACAGUAGAAAUGGUAAAAUCUGGAAAACUGCCUAGUGGUAAAACAGAAAUUCCUUUUGAGUUCCCACUGCAAGUAAAAGGAAGCAAAAUUCUUUAUGAAACUUACCAUGGAGUUUUUGUCAAUAUCCAGUAUACUCUUCGAUGCGAUAUGCGACGCUCUCUCCUGGCCAAGGAUUUGACAAAAUCUUGUGAAUUUAUAGUCCAUUCACCACCUCAGAAAGGUAAGCCAACUCCAAGCCCUGUAGACUUUACUAUUACUCCUGAAACACUACAGAAUGUGAAAGAGAGAGCAUUGCUUCCAAAAUUUCUCAUAAGAGGGCAUCUCAAUUCAACAAACUGCAUCAUAACACAACCUCUAACAGGGGAGCUGAUAGUGGUGAACUCAGAUGCUGCUGUUAAAAGCAUUGAACUCCAGCUAGUACGAGUGGAAACCUGUGGCUGUGCUGAAGGUUAUGCUAGAGAUGCCACUGAGAUUCAGAACAUUCAGAUUGCUGAUGGUGACGUCUGCAGAAAUCUUCCUAUUCCAAUCUAUAUGGUUUUUCCAAGAUUGUUUACAUGUCCCACACUAGAAACUACAAACUUCAAAGUCGAAUUUGAAGUUAACAUCGUUGUCCUCUUGCAUGAUGAUCACUUAAUCACAGAGAACUUUCCACUGAAACUUUGCAGAAUGUGAUUAGGUUUGCUUUACAAUUAUUGCUCAGACUAGAUGCCUCCCAUUGGUUGGGCAUCAAACUGAUUGGCAUUGCAGGCACUAAGUAAUACAGCCCUAUAAAUAAUUGGCAAGAAUUUUAAGUUACAACAACGUUCUGACCCAAUAAGUCAGUGUCCAAUAAGCACUCAAUCACAUUUGUCUGUAAUGCUGUUGCAAUUUAAGUGUUAAUGUAAGUUGAAAUGGGGCCUACAUCUGUCUAUUCUUAUUCAUUUAUAAGAGUUCUGUAAGACAUUUAGACAUUGAGAGGAAGAGUUGCUUAUAGCAACAUGUUGUUUUGAACAAUAUUUGGUAUAUAUUUCUUAGCCUACCAUACUAAACAAAUUCUACCUUAAAUUUGGAAACAUUUGUAUGUCCCAUGAAUCAUGAGAGAUGGGAUGUCCCUACAGUCAUGAGAGAUUGGAAAUGCAUUUAUCAAGAUAUUUGACUGACAUGCUAAAACUAUUCAAGUUGAAUUUAGACUUUCCUGUUACCUCUGCUACAUCUACAUUUUUGUAUUAAUUUCUUUUGGGGAAUAUCUUACCCUUAAUUGGUAAAAAUUAAGUCUGGUCUGACCUUAACCAAUUGGAGAAUUAGUCAUAAGGAGCCGAGAUGAUUCAAUGCUGGCAUCUUGUUACCAGAUUGAUGUUACGACAGGAAAAUAAUUUGGGGCGCCUUAGAGGAAAGAGUGGCAGAGGACGUAGAGAUAGAGAAGGUAAAAUUAUUGUACUUUGCCUACCAUUGGAAAAUGUUGGACGAUGUAUUGAAUACAUUUCACUUUUGAUGUAGCAUCAGCUUGCUAAUACAAUAGAAAGUAACCUUUACCUAACACCUGAUAUAUCUGAUUGUUGAUGUGAAUAAAUCAUUCAUAUAUU